AGCCCAGGGGCCCCCCACUUUCUGGCCUCCGCCCGCCUCGGGAUCCAGACGGAAGGACGCGUGCGGGGUGCACGGAACUCCCUUCUCGCCCGCUCCCUUGGAGGUGCCACAUCCUCUCCAUUCUCCGUAAUUGUUGCCAGAGCCAACUUCCACAAAUAUGAAUGACAUUUCCCAGAAGGCUGAGAUUCUGCUUUCCUCAUCUAAACCUGUUCCCAAAACCUAUGUGCCCAAACUUGGCAAGGGCGAUGUCAAGGAUAAAUUUGAAGCCAUGCAGAAAGCAAGGGAAGAAAGGACUGAGAGGCGAUCUAGAGACGAGAAGCAAAGAAGAAAAGAACAAUUUCUUAGAGAGAGAGAGUGGAGCAGGAGAAAGCAGGAGAUGAAAGAAAUGCUUGCUUCUGAUGAGGAAGAGGAGACAUCUAAGGUAGAAAAGGCUUUUGUACCAAAGCUAACAGGAACUGUUAAGGGCAAAUUUGCAGAAAUGGAAAAACAAAGACAAGAGGAGCAAAGGAAAAGAACCGAGGAGGAAAGAAAGCGCAGAAUUGAACAAGACCUGUUAGAAAAGAGGAAAAUUCAACGAGAAUUAGCAAAGCGAGCUGAGCAGAUUGAGGACAUAAACAAUACGGGAACUGAAUCAGCGUCAGAGGAAGGAGACGAUUCGCUGCUUGUGACAGUGGUGCCUGUAAAAUCUCACAAAACACCUGGAAAAAUGCAAAAGGGUUUUGAGGACCUGGAAAGAGAACGUGAGGAACAGGAAAGGAACAGACAUGAAGAGGAAAAGAGAAUCCGGUACGAGGAACAAAGACGAUCCCUCAAGGAAGCGAAAUGCCUUUCGCUUGUUAUGGAUGAGGAAGCAGAGAGCCAAGGCACAAAGGAGUCUCUUUCUCCUGGAAAGCUGAAACUCACUUUUGAAGAAAUGGAGAAAGAGAGACAAGAAAAGAGGAAGAGGCAAGCUGCGGAGGAGGCUCGACAGCGCCUGGAGGAGGAGAGACGGGCUUACGAAGAAGCCCGGCAGCAAAUGGCCAAUGAAGAGGAGGGCAGCCGUGAAAUGGAAAAUUCUCUUCGAGAAUCUCAUCGCCCUGGGAAACUCAAGCUCAGCUUUGAAGACAUAGAAAGGCAAAGAAGAGAAGAAGAGAAGAGGAAAGCUGAAGAAGAAGCCAGGAGGCGAAUAGAAGAAGAAAAGAGAGCUUUUGCAGAAGCUAGGAAGAGCAUGGUCCUAGACAGCGAUUCUCCAGAGAUCUACAAAACAGUUUCACAAGAAUCCCUGAUACCAGGGAAACUAGAAAUUAAUUUUGAGGAGUUAUUGAAACAAAAAAUGGAAGAAGAAAAGAGACGGACUGAGGAGGAACGGAAGCAUAAACUGGAGAUGGAGAAACAGGAAUUUGAACAACUGAGACAAGAAAUGGGGCAGGAGGAAGAGGAAACAGAAACCUUUGAGCUUAGCAGGGAGUAUGAAGAAUUAAUUAAAUUAAAAAGGAGUGGUUCUAUUCAAGCUAAGAAUUUAAAAAGCAAGUUUGAAAAAAUUGGACAACUGUCUGAAAAGGAAAUACAGAAGAAGAUUGAAGAAGAGCGAGCUAGAAGAAGAGCAAUGGACCUUGAGAUCAAAGAGCGAGAAGCAGAGCAUUUUCACGAGGAAGACGAUGUUGAUGUGAAGCCUGCCCAAAAAUGUGAGGCCCCCUUCACUCACAAAGUUAACAUGAAAGCUAGAUUUGAACAGAUGGCGAAGGCCAGAGAAGAGGAGGAGCAGAGAAGAAUUGAGCAGCAGAAGCUGUUACGCAUGCAGUUUGAGCAGAAAGAGAUUGAUGCAGCACUCCAGAAGAAAAAAGAAGAGGAGGAGGAAGAGGAAGGAGGCACCAUUAAUGGCUCCACACUCGAAGACAGAGAAGAACAAACUCGGUCUGGAGCACCGUGGUUCAAGAAGCCUCUAAAAAACACGACCGUUGUAGACGGUGAGCCAGUACGAUUCACUGUGAAAGUAACCGGAGACCCCAAGCCUGAAGUCACGUGGUGGUUUGAAGGAGAGAGGUUACAGGAUGGGGAGGACUAUCAAUACAUUGAAAGAGGAGAGACCUACUGCCUUUACCUCCCAGAAACUUUCCCGGAAGACGAAGGGGAAUACAUGUGUCAUGCAGCCAACAGCAGGGGUACUGCGGCCAGCACCUGCAUCCUCACCAUUGAAAGUAAGAGCUAACUCUAGGUCCCGUCCCCCCUCUCUCCCCCACUACCUACUUAGCUCCUUCUCUUCUUAGCAAGAAAAUCACUAAUGUCUGGUUUUCUCUUCUCUUCUAGCUGACGACUACUAGCUUUUCUUUCUCUGGAACCUUCCUUCUUCUCCUCAAUUUCCUACUGCAUCUGUCUCUUUCUGUGGAGGGGCCAAGUAUGGGAAUUCAGGAGCUAUCAUGGCCAUGCUAGAUCUAAAGGCUUACCAUGGAAGCCUGAAAGACUGAAUAAAAUGAGGGAAAAAAAUCUAUCAGUAAUCACUUGAGAAUUCCAACGUCCCUGUUUCUGUAACAUGUAAUCCAAUGGUAUACAUUUGAACCUUUCUGAUCUAAAAGCUAUGCUUAUUUUUAAGCAGGGUGAACUUAUGUGACCCCCAAAAUGCCUAUUCAAAAUGGAAGCAAAAGAGGGUGAAAAGAUCAGAGACAGGUAUUUAAACUAUAUAAAACAUGCUCUUAGUCAGCCUCAAGGGACAGAAAAAAGCAUAUAGACAACAGGCUAACUUUAUCCACCCAAACUAGAAUCAAUCAGCCAUGCCUUACUAAUACAUUAAAACUUUGAAGGUGAACCAAUUUUGAUUGAUAGCUUUCUUCAACAAUGUUAAAUUCAGAUCGUUUCUGAGGACCUUCAUCUGAAGAGAGAUUUUGGUAAGAACUUAAAAAAAAAUUUUUUUAAAGGGCAUAUUAUAAAUUCUAAAUGUAAAACUUACUGCCAAUGUAUCAAAGUUCUGAGACUUCUGAGUAUUAAUAUGAGUAAAAGAAGUUGAUUUUACCCAAAUAAAUUAUAUUAAAUUGGCUCACAAUUCCACAAAAGCUUCUGAAAAUUCAGAAAUUUCAUACUAACCAGUUCAUAAAACUUCAUAUGACUUAAAAAAAAAAGCCCUGAUAUCUGUAAAAAUGAGUAAACUGAAGCUUAGAAGCUCUGGAAAUGAUGAGGAAAGAAGAGAAGUUUUAUAAACAAAUUUCAAACAUCUCAAGUUAAACUUGUAGGUUAGAUUUUGGUCUUUUGAAAUGAGUUUGUAAAUAAUCUUAACUCUUACGUUCUUUAUUCAAACUUUUCUUAUUUUAACUUUCUGGAAGAUAGAAUUUUAUUUUCCAAUGUAAAAAUAAAAAUAAAGUAAAUUCUGUAUUAAAACAACCUCUCUGGUUAUUCUCAAGUAAUAACUUGCUAAGGAUAGAAGCUCUCAGUUUUAUUGACAUUUCUAGGGUCAGUUCCUUUUUAAAGGGCAGAAGAUGUUAUUUACCCCCUGUUUGCAAUUCCUGAGUUUAAAAUAAAACACUCCAAGAGGAAACCUUUAAUGACAAAUGAAGGCAAUACUUGGUAAAGGUGAAGACUUUAAUGGACUCAUUCAUCCUGUUAUCUGUUCUCAAAUCCUCUAUAAUCUACAAGAGUACCUUUAAAUUUGAGGAACUAAAUGUCCAAGGGGGGAGGAGAGGAGGAAAAAGAGACCCAACACUGCUGUAAUGUGUCCAUUCAGUUACAUUUAUUGAGAAAACCAUAAACGAUACAAAAUUCGAGUAAUGGUGCGCCCUUCUUACAUAGAAAUGUCAUCAUAGCAAGCUCUAAACCACAUUUUGUAAAGCAUUCAAUUUACCUCAAGUCCAAGCUGCAUCUCCCUAAGACACUGUUCCCAUCACAGUAGCCUUUAAAAGCCAAUCUUCUUUAAACACACGGGUAGUUUCUGUAGAGAACACUUUUCUCAGGACGAAAAUGCAUUGAGCAUGCAUAAGAAAAAUAUAUAUAUACAUAUAUAUAUAUGCGGAAAUACAUAUGAGAGUUUCAUAGGGAUAACUAAAGAAUAUAAAAUCUUAAAAACUGAUUUCCUUUUGAAAGCUAAUUUAUAAAUCCUAGCCCCCCCACUUCCUCCUCCCCCAGAACAAUUAUAGUGUGGAAAGAAAACCCAAACUAACAACACAAAGCAAGUGCUUUUUAAAGCACCCCCCCAAUGAAGUUCUCAAUGAGGAUGCAUAAAAAAAAAGCAUAUUAAAGUGAGAAUUGGCAGCAAAUAAUAACGAAAUAACCCUAUCAGAACUCUACAUUACUAUUUUUCCCUCGGUGACACAAUUUCUUUUGGCACCCUUGCCAAAGAGAUGAAAUGUUAGCAAUGAUUCUACAAGACUUCUGCAUAUUUUUCUAUAUUCUUUCUGAGUUACUCCCUCCAUGACCCUUCCCAUUUUAACCAUCAAAAACCCCUUAUUUGAGGUAAUGUCUCGACGUUUACAAUCUCUGAAAAUGAACUUCACUGAAAAAUAAAAUUUACUUAUUUUUUCAUUUCUAAAAGAAAUAUCAUAGUACCACUACACUCAGUAACCCAUGAGGAAAAAUAAAAUAAGCAGAUUCCCUGUAAAUUUGGGUUAAGUGCUAUAAAGACUUCAACUCCAGGUUAAGCAUCCUGUCCUCAAACCUCCUAACCACCACUGUAGUCAAAUGGGCUGGCUCACCUUUUCUGCUUUCCAUUUAUUUCACCGUUAAAAAAUGCUGGCUGGUAAGAGCAGUGAAGGCUUAUAGUCAUGAAUUUUAAAAAGUUCUCAAGAGACAAGAAACAAUGCCCCUAUAAUACAUCAUCUAUGAGCAUAACUAUCAGCAUUCAGGUCUAUUUUCUUCUAUAAAAUUUCAAGCUAAAACUGCAAAAUGUGAUGACUUACAGGUUUUAAAGAAAUCCUUAUAUUAUAAAACUUAACACACCUGACCUUGGCUGUUUAUAAAAAGAACAAAUGGAAACAGAAGGUGGUGCAGAAGCUACAUAAUUCAAGAAAUUUAACAGUUCACAGAACAUUUAUGAGCAAGUGAAGAGCAUAUCAAAGUGGAUCCAUUCUGUCUGGGAAUACGUGUUUUUUGCCCAUGUUUUACCUUCUACCUCGAGCCCUUCUAUGGUCCAUGCUCAUCGGCUCGCCAAUGGCCUACAGCCCAAGGGCUCCUUCCUCUCUGGGGCAGUUAACUACCUCAGGGCCCUUGUCUAUGAGCUAUGGUUGGGUACUCGCAGAUCUUCAGCACUGUGUGUGAACAUGAAGGCAGUACUUUUGAAUAUGUAUCUUAAAUGGAGAGAGAAGCAGGACUUUUGAAAAGGAUCAGCACAUUUUAGAAAAUGAAGAAACAAAAACUGAAACGAUGCUGCUUUUUUACUUUCCACUUAACUGAAAAAAGAACAGCAAAAAAACUCCCCAAAAAA